CUUCACCCACUGAGCCACCCAGGCACCCUGCCCUGUUGCUUUCUGAGCCCACUGACCCACCUGCCCAUCUGUGAGAUGGGAGCAGGAAUGAACCAGCCCAGCCCCAUCCUGGGGACAGGUGCGGUGUGGACAGUAGGUGCGGCUCAGGGAAAGCAAAAUGUCACUCUCACCCUGGGUGGGAGCACUGAAGGUGCUCCCCCUCCCACGGGGAGGGACCCCUCGUGCUGAGCUCUGCUCAGGAAUGUGUAGGUGGAAACCAGCCCCCCCAUCCCUGACAGAGGGCACUGCGUGGGAGACGGGGUCCUUUGGGGGGCCGGUCACCCUGCUUCAGUAGACGCUGUGACAGGGGGCAGGAAAGCAGGAGGGCUCCUCUUGUGGCCUUGGUGCCGGUGCUGGAGGGGAGCAGCCGGGGGCUCCCCGGGUGUCCGGGUAGCCGAGGAGACGCAGACGCACAAUUGGGGGGCCCCAGCUCUACAGCAAAGUCAGGGGGCCGCUAAGGGACAGGGAGGCCAGGAGAAACUCCUCAGCCAGAACGGAGUGGGGCUCACUGAGUGGGGCAGGAGGAACUGUGCCCACGGCUGUGCCUCUGUGGUCCCGCCUGGUGGCCUCGCCCUCCCUUUGCGAGCUCUUCUGCCUUGUGGUCACCUCUUGCCUCCUGCACAGCUGGCCCCGCGCCCCCUUUCUCCCAUCCCUGUGGGCUCCUGUGGGGUGCUGGCCAUAGGCAGCUUGACCCCGACAAAGCCCGGGAGGGACAGACUGAACCGACCACAGCAGCCGAGCCUCCCUCGUGGGGCCCCAGUUUCUCUUUCCCUUUCAAUUUAGACGAGGCAGGUUCCGGGUUGAAUGCGGGCUGGGCCUGCCGGCAGGGGUGCUGGGACAGCAGCCAGGGAAUGAGGGGUCCUGAAGAGGGACAUGGAGCCUCCUGGAGGCUGGGAGCCGCCCCCCUGCAGCCGGGCACCGAAGCCUGAUGCCCUGAGCCAGGCCCUGUACCUGUUGCUCCUGGGGUCCCUCCCCUGUGCUCUGGCCGUGGCCCCGUGCAAAGAGGAGGAGUACCCGGUGGGCUCUGAAUGCUGUCCCAAGUGCAGCCCAGGUUACCGGGUGAAGGAGGCCUGUGGGGAGCUGACUGGCACGGUGUGUGCCCCCUGUGACCCGGGGACCUACACGGCCCACCUCAAUGGCCUGAGCGAGUGCCUACAGUGCCGAGUGUGUGACCCAGCCAUGGGCCUGGUGACCAGGCAGAAGUGCUCCCAGACAGAGAACACAGUGUGCGUCUGUGACCAGGGCCACUUCUGCGUCAGUGAGGAUGGGGACGACUGUGCAGAGUGCAGUCCCCACACGCCCUGCAGACCUGGCCAGAGGGUGCAGGCCAGAGGCACGGAGCGGCAGGACAGGGUGUGUGAAGACUGCCCUCCUGGGACCUUCUCACCCAGUGGGACCCUGGAGGAGUGCCAGCCCUGGAGCACGUGCGACGGCCCUUUGCAGACACAAGCGGAGCCUGGGACCAGCAGCUCAGACGUCACGUGCUCCUCCCUGCUGCCCGCUGUGGUGGGCAGCGUCUUUGUAGCCGCAGGGGUGUUCUGCCUCCUAGUCCUCGGGAUAAGGAUGAGAAGGAGACGGACGCCUGGUGAGCUGCGUGCUGGGUCCCGUCGGGGCGUCUCCUGGCUCUCUCCCUCUGAUGGGCACAGGCGGCCGGCAGGAGCGUCUCCGGGACUCCUUGGCUCCUCUUGGGGGGCUGUGCCGGCCUGGGGGUGCUUCCCGCUGAGUGGGAGUCCUGGUGUCAUGGGAUCUCUGGGGGCGGAGGGCCAGGCAGACAGGGCCCCCUGCGCCAGGAACCCCCUGCCGUAUACUCCCCAUGCCCACUCCCCACUAUGAACUCCAAGGCCCUGUCUGCCCUCAGGGACAGAGAAGCACAGGGCAGGCGGAGAGCGUGGGGGGAGCACAGGGCUGGGUUGGAGGGGCCACAGCAGCCCUGCCGUGGGCAAGGCCGAGUCCCCCCAGAAGCUACACAACCUUCACUCCUUCCUUCCUGCCUGCGCUGGGCUCCACAUCGGGCCAGGCCCUGGCUCUAUAGACCUGGUUCUGGCCUUUGGGGAGCCCUGUGCUUGCCCAACAGGGAGCAGGCACCCAGUAGAGUCCAAAUGGGAAAGGUCAGCCAGCAUCUCGGGCCACUGUCAGCUAAUGUGUCCUGGGUCCUCACCCCGGGGCCCCCAGGCUGCAGGCAUGUCUCAGGGCCCCAGGCUCUGAGCGGGCUGGCCAAGGGCCAGCGCUUGUUCCUUCUCUCCCAAUUCUGGGGCACCUGCUCCCUGAAGGGUGGGCGACCGUCCUCUGUGAAGUGCUUACUCCCUUUCCCUGGGUGACAUCACACUGGAGUGAGUUAGGGACAGGGUUUGGCAGCUGGAGACUUGGGCAGGAGGUGUCCCCACAUUGUCCCAUGUCCUGUUCCCCCAACUGGACAAGUCCAGCAAGGAGCCCUGUCCACAUGGGUUUGGCUU